AAGCAGCUUCUCCAGCAUGAGUUCUGUGACAGUUAUGAACAGGAUCAUGAAAACUAUAUCGAAAUGAUCAAGACAUUCAUUUCUUCUUAACUGGAUCUUCUAAAACAUGAAGCAUUGCCCUGGUUGUUGUUUUGGAUAUAUAAACUCGGCUAAAACAACUUAAUGACUUUGGAUAUUUUAUACUCUCCAUGCUCGCAUAUAAACAUGUGGAAAUGUUUAUAUUUGCAAAUAUGUCGCCUUCACAGCUCAGCCCAUCUGCUGAAGAAAGCUCCUGUGAGGCUGAAGGGGAAGACUGGUGCAGAGCAGCGCUGGAUGGUGCGACAGAUGAAGGACCCCUUUGUUAAAGCUGCUCACCUUCAGCACUUCCGCUGCAGGAGUGCCUUCAAACUGCUGGAAAUCGAUGACAAAUACCACCUUCUGAAGCCUGGUCUCAGUGUCAUAGACUGCGGGGCUGCACCCGGGGCCUGGAGCCAAGUCGCAGUGCAAAGGGUCAAUUCAGCUGGAGAAAGGCCUGAUUUAGCCCGAGGGUGUGUACUUGGUAUAGAUCUGCUGCACAUUGCCCCUUUGCAAGGUGCCCACUUCCUGUCCAACCGGGAUAUCACUAGUCCUGCUACUCAUGCUGAGCUGCAGGAGCUGCUUCCUCAAGCUUACGCUGAUGUCCUCCUCAGUGACAUGGCACCCAACGCCACUGGGCUUAGGGAGCUGGACCAUGAGCGACUCAUAUGCAUGUGUCUUUCACUGUUAGAGCUCUCUGAGAAGCUGCUGCGGCCUGGAGGCUCGCUGCUGUGUAAAUACUGGGAUGGAGCGUUUACGCACAAGCUCCGGGAAGGUCUUACUCGUGCUUUUCAAGACGUGAAGACCGUGAAGCCUAAAGCAAGUAGAAAAGAGUCAGCGGAGUUAUAUUUCUUAGCCAGGACAUUCAAGAAAACGUAGUAUCGCACUUCAUGGACCUGAUGGGAUUUUUCAAAGAUUAUUUUUGAAGCAUGGUGUAUCAGGGAUAACUAAUGUUUUAUUAAUAUGUUUAUUAUUAUUUUUUUUUUACUGUGGUCAGUUUGAAAUAUAUGAAGGUUAUUGUGUAACCACAGAAGCUUUCAUUACUUGGUUCUGAAUAGAUAGUUUUCACUGACGUCACGGCAUUCCGGGGAACGCCCUCCAGCCGCCAUCUUGUGGGUCAAACAAAACGGAUCAUGCUAUUACUGGCUACAUUAUCUUGGACAAAUUUAUAAAGUUAUAUAGUCAGUUUUCUAAAAUAAAGAUCAAUGUCGGCAAAAUCAAGCAAACGGAAGUAUAUGGAUACAUUGGACGACAUCUCACGACAACGGUAUGCAGCCAAACUGGCCUUGAUUGAGGGAAUUGACACCUACGAAGUGGACAAAGAUGCAUUUUCAAGUGACUAUGCAGGGCUGCCAUCCAUAUCGUACCCUGAUAUUGUGAACUAUUUCGUGAAUAGUAAAAGUGCCUACACACUUGACGACCUCAAAGCAUACAAGUCGCUGGAGUCAUACAAUUAUUUUGUCUGUGGCUGGGUCCGUGAAGUCCACCAUAUAAAAACAAGUGAGAGUCAUGUCCUAAUUACAGCCAAGGUAUGUAAACAUUGGAAUUUUAGAGCUCUCAACACUGCAUAUAAAUAUAUGUGUGUGUAUAAUAUUGAGUUGAUUUAAGACAAAUUUUACAUCCAUUAGUGGUAUUACAGUACCGUGUCAGUUCCAGUUAGGCAUCCUCCAGAGAUUGUUUACACGAUGUUUUGGUUUCCAAAAACAAACUUAAACACAAUUGAUUGUUUAUUUAAACAACUUACCACUUAUAAAAUGAUCGGAGCAGACUUUGCUGUGUUUGGAAGGCUGAUAAUCCUUGCGGUUGAUUCUUGCAAGCCAUAGAUUUCUCCUUUGUAUGCUGAGUUUCUUUGUUUGCUCGCCUUCGUGCUCCCAUACAGUGGGAAUUCCAUAGAAGCUCCGCUUGACGUCAUCAUCUGACCUAUUACGACAGCCGUGAAUACAACAGGUGUGCACCAUUGCUAGCUUUAAAUAGCCUGCUUGGGUUCUUUUGAAGACUUUGUACUCGCGCGUUACAAUGUGUGCUCAGUGACCCGUACGGUAAGCUUGACCCGCAAGAUGGCCAACACUAGGGAAUCCCCGACUCUGUGACGUCAUGUGAAAACUAUCUAUACAGGUCCUUCUCAAAAAAUUAGCAUAUUGUGAUAAAGUUCAUUAUUUUCCAUAAUGUAAUGAUAAAAAUUAAACUUUCAUAUAUUUUAGAUUGGGCGGCACGGUGGUGUAGUGGUUAGCGCUGUCGCCUCACAGCAAGAAGGUCCUGGGUUCGAGCCCCGGGGCCGGCGAGGGCCUUUCUGUGCGGAGUUUGCAUGUUCUCCCCGUGUCCGCAUGGGUUUCCUCGGGGUGCUCCGGUUUCCCCCACAGUCCAAAGACAUGCAGGUUAGGUUAACUGGUGACUCUAAAUUGACCGUAGGUGUGAAUGUGAGU